ACAAAAAAAAUGCGCAAAAGUUAUUGAGACACAGCGCUAUACAGAGGACGUGAAGUCUAUCGGUGUAGGUUACGCGUAUGAUGCUCACGGUCCAGCCAUCCAGGGGACUCGUUGAUGAAAAGUUGCAGGUUGUGGUGAAGAACUUGCCGCCCAUGCAAAAAGUUACCUUGCAUUCCCUCCACCAGUCUGAGAGCAACGAUUUCUGGGAGGCUUUAGGGCAUUAUGUCAGCGACGGGAAAGGAACUGUUACAGUGGCGGAGGAUGCGAGCGUGGGAGGCUCGUACCAGGGCACGGAGCCCAUGGGGCUGCUAUGGAGCAUGAAGCCGGUGCCAGGGAGUCGAACAGGAAUCAGGUUACGGAAGGAAGAUGUCCGAACUCCUAUGGUGGUGCAGAUCUCUGUGUACAGAGGCCACAUCAGCCAUGGCUUUAGGGAGACGCCGUCCUUAGCGUGUGCUGUUGCCGAGCGCUGGUACAUGGCCCCUGGCGUGCGCAGGGUCGACGUUGAAGAAAAGGGAGUCAGAGGGACACUUUUCCUGCCACCAGGUCCUGGACCCUUUCCUGGAGUGCUGGACCUGUGGGGAGGGGAAGGAGGGCUGGUGGAGUAUCGCUCUGCUCUCCUGGCAUCACAUGGAUACGUUUCCAUGGCGCUGGAGUACAUGACACAUAUUAUGGGAAACUCUUCUGGAAACAAUCAGUUGGACCACCAGUACUUUAAUACUGCAUUUGCCAUCCUGAGAGACCACCCCCAGGUGUGCAGUGACCGGGUGGCCAUGCUUGGCAUGUCCUUUGGCACCACUGUCGCUCUGACGAUGGCUGUAUGUUCUUCCCUGAUCGAGCCCAGGUGCCUGGUGUGUGUCAGUGGAAGCCAUGUCCUACCUGUGGAGGAACCUCUGUCCAGCUUUUUUACAGAGAUGAACAAAAACAGACACAAGGUGCGAUUUGAUGAGGAAAAGCGUGUGAUCUCGCGAUAUCUCCUUUUACCCAUACCUUCAGACCCCAGCAAAAAAGUUAACGUGGGGAAGAUCCGAUGUCCUCUGCUGUUGAUCGUGGGAGAAGAUGAUCAGAACUUGCCAGUGUCUGAGUCGGCCGAAGAUAUGGAGAAGAUGAUGAAGGAAGCGGGGAACCGUCACCUGCUGACCACUCUGUCGUACCCCGGGGCGGGUCACCUGAUUGAUCCUCCCUACACCCCACAUUUCCGCUCCACCACUGUAUCAGCAAAGACAAGGGAGAAAGUGGUCGUGCUGUGGGGGGGUGAGACCAAGGCGCACUCUUAUGCACAGGAACACUCCUGGCAGAGGACCCUGGCCUUCCUGCAGCAGCAUCUGUACUCCAGCGGACACAAAUCGGAUCGCUCCAAUCUGUGACAUGUGAAGCAUGUGACACGUGGCCCAGCUGACUGAGCUGCAGAGGGAACAGCUCCAUGACGACCCUGAGCGAGAAUCUUCAGCGGAGUCUCAUUAUGUAGAGGGAACCACAGCCAGGGGUGUUAAACUGUGUUUAUUGAGGGUUUUGGUCAGUCUGAUGGCUUGGAUAAUUAACAACUACAUUUUCUUGGAUAAUUAACAAGUGGCACUUUUGCAGCCACUGGCUGUAAUAUUCUUUUCAAUUCAAAAAAUCCUGAAAUGGUAAAGUAUUGGGGUAAUUAUGGGAUGUGUGGCAAAUUGCCUUAUGAACAUGUAAAAAAAACACAUGUUCUGUUUGGAUGAGAUACACACUUGUUGCUCAGGUAUACAGAUUUUGAUUUGGAGCACAUAAUGCCAAAGCUGUACUAAAUACGUUUAUAUAUGUGGAUGAUACAGUCUAUUUGGAUUUUCAGAAAGCUUUUGACACAGUGCUAUGCGUGACUUGAGAUCAAACAGAAAUCAAAAGUACUUAAACGAUUGAAUGUAGAUAUAAAAUUGGCUUCAGCGUAGAGUACAAAUUGUGUUGUUCAGAGGGGUCUCAUCUGAGCAAGCUGGGACCUGCUGCUCUGUAUUUGCAUAAAUGAUUAUUCCAUUUGUGGUGAGAUGGACAGCUGCACUAUUACACCAACCUUGGAAAAAUGUUUUGUAAACUAUGGAAGUAAUUCAAUAUAAUUUAAAUAAUAUUCAGAAUUGAACAUGCACCUGGCAAAUGAAUUUUUACAUCAUUAAAUGUAAAGUUCAAUCAGCAGGCAAGAAAAAUGAUCUUUUAUAAGAACAUAAGAACAUAUUAUGAUGAGAACAGGCCAUUCGGCCCAGCAAAC